AUGAUGGAGUUUGGGACAACUCAUGAGGUUAGUCCCAUAGGGAAGCAUCAAGCUACUAUUGUCUGGCUACAUGGCAUUGGCGAAAAUGGCUCCAAUGAGUGUUUUGUGGAUGAUGUUAACUUGUUAUCUCCAAGGACACUGGUUGGCAAACUAGAAGAGGAACAGAUCAAGAACCAAGCUGCAUCGUUACCCAUUUCAGUUUGUCAUGGAAAAGAUGAUAAUGUUGCGCCGUUCAAGUUGGGGGAGAAGUGCUCACAAGCCCUGAUAUCAUAUGGAUUUAAGAAGACAACUUUCAAAAGUUACAGUCGAUAUGGUCACUACAGAAACAAGGAGGAGACUGAUGAUAUGUGCGCGUGGUUGACAACCACCCUCGACCUCCAAGGUUAUAACGACUCGUGA